CCUUUGUCUCGACUGGUCUAAUUCGACACCGCCCCGCCCAGGAUGCGUGUCGCUCCAAAAGGUCCCACAUGCGUUGGCUCCUCGUAACGGCCGUCCGGGCGGUGCCACAGGUGCACACGACAGCCCGAAGUCACCGCCAGACGCCGCGCUCGUUCAAGGCGAAGAGCUCGGCCUUGUUUGUUUACAUGACGGAUUACAGACCCCAAAUCCUUCCGCCGCUCGGUCAGCCCGCAGGACGCGUCACCAAUAUCCCUCCGCGCAUUUUAGCUGAACGUUGCGCAGCAGCAGCAGCAGAACUCGGCUCACCCUCAUGAGAGCGGCGCGGAUCUGUCAUUAAGGGUCAAGAUGGUCGACGUGCUGACGGCGGCGAGUCCGUCCUUCUGCUUGGCCGAGCCAGCUGGGGAGCACGCGUCAGAAAGUCUGGUUGAAGAGCCCCCUGCGGCGGGUGCUGUGCCCCAUGACUGCUCAGCUGACCACCACAGCGGGAUGGCGCAGCAGCAGCCGCUCCCUCCAGAGUCGCACGCCAACCGCAAGAAGCACCGGCGCCGGCCCUCCAAGAAGAAGCGGCGCUGGAAGCCAUACUUCAAACUGUCCUGGGAAGAGAAGAAGGAGCUGGACGAGCGGGAGACGGCCAGGGCAUCGCGACUGCAGGAGGCGAUGUUUGCCAAGGGUCAGCCGGUGGCCCCCUACAACACCACGCAGUUCCUGAUGGAGGAGCACGACGGUAAGGAGCCCGACCUGAAGCCCGAGCUGUGCGCGCGCCGGCCGGCUUGGGCAAGUCGCUCGGAGGACACGGCCAGCGAAGAGGAGCUCCUCGAACCCGAGGAGGAGGAGGACAGCGGUGGCAGCGACGGCGUGGGGCAGGCGAGCAGCGAGUUUCUGCAGCGGGACUUUUCAGAGACGUACGCCCGCUACCACGCCGAGAGCCUGCAGAACAUGAGCAAGCAGGAGCUGGUCCAGGAGUACUUGGAGCUGGAGAAGUGCCUGUCCCGCCUGGAGGAGGAGAACAACCGGCUCAGGGACCGCGUGGGCACCAGUGCCAGUGCGGACAGCGCCGUGCCACCGUCGCCCCCCGCCUCGGGCCUGCUGACACGGGAGCUGGAGGCCGAGCUGGAGAAGCUGCGGGCGCAGAACCGAGAGCUGCUGCGGGAGAACGAGCUGCUGAGGCAGGGAAGGGCAGACCCCAAAGCCCCCAAAGCCCCCGCCGGACAGUGAAGGCGAAGCACGGGACUCUGGGAAGGCGGCCGCUCCACGCGCUGCGCGGGACUCGUUAAGAGCGGUGGCAGAGCCGCACAGUCCAGCCGCCAUUUCUCCUUUCACCUGGGACUGUUUGCAGAUAGAGGGGCCGGCGUGCCCGAGCUGCUGCCACUCGCUGCGGGGUCUUCUUGGCCUUCUUUUCUUUUCUUUUCUUUCUUUUCUUUUCUUUCUUUUCUUUUUUAACCUGCUGGCUCCUACUGCACAGAAUAAAAUGUUUCUUCUGUCCAA